UUCAAUAUGGCGACUGAGGUGCUGAAAGUUGAAACACAGGACUCAAUUGAAGCUUUACAGCGAGAAGCAGAGGAACUGAAGAAACGAUUGGAGGAAGAAAAAGCAAAGUUGAAAGAUGUGGAAAUGUGUAAGGCAGCAGGGAAGUUGGAUAUCAUCACCAACUUCAGCAUGAAACAGCGCCGCCACCUGAAGGGCCACCAGGGCAAGGUUCUGUGCAUGGACUGGUCCACAGACAAACGCCACAUUGUCAGCUCCUCACAGGAUGGGAAAAUGCUUGUUUGGGAUGCAUUUACUACUAAUAAGGAACAUGCAGUUACCAUGCCAACAACCUGGGUCAUGGCCUGUGCUUAUGGCCCUUCUGGAACAAAGGUCGCAUGUGGUGGCCUGGACAACAAGUGUACAAUAUACCCCCUGAGUUUUGAGGAGACAGACAUAUCAAGCAAGAAAAAGGCAGUGGCCACGCACACCAGCUACCUUUCGUGUUGUUCCUUUACCAGCUCAGACAACCAGAUCCUGACAGGAAGUGGUGACAGCACCUGUGCAUUGUGGGAUGUUGAGAGCGGUCAGUUGAUUCAGAGUUUCCAUGGACAUGCAGGGGACGUCAUGAGCAUUGACCUUUCACCUUCAGAAACAGGAAACCUUUUUGUAUCUGGGGGCUGUGACAAGACUGCCAUGGUUUGGGACAUGAGGUUUGGAGAAUGUGUGCAGGUGUUUGAGGGACACGAGUCUGACAUCAACAAUGUACGCUUCUACCCGAGCGGUGAUGCCUUCGCCACUGGCUCAGAUGAUGCCACGUGUCGCCUGUUUGAUCUGAGAGCAGACAGGGAAGCCAACUGUUACAAAAUGGAGAGUAUUAUUUUUGGAUGCAACUCUGUGGAUUUCUCCAUUAGUGGGCGCCUGUUGUUUGGGGGGUACAACGACCAUACAGUGAAUGUUUGGGACGUGUUAAAGGGUAACCGUGUGACAAAAUUGUAUGCGCACGAGAACCGUGUAAGCUGCCUGGGUAUCUCCCCUGAUGGCACCGCACUCUGCACCGGCAGCUGGGAUAACACACUUAAGGUGUGGGCCUAAUUCUUGAAUGAUUGGAGUCCAGUUCUAGAGGACUACAAUCGAUGUUUAUUUGUUUUUAUCCGAAAAAGUUGGGUUGGAGAAAGCACAAUAAUGAAAAUAUAUUGAAGGAUUCCAUGAACCUACUUCAACUGUGUUUGCAAAUGAACUUAGCAUUUCAAGGUUUUGAGGGAUUGAAUGAUCAUGUCUAUUCCUCCGCACAAGAACACUAAAUGGAUUUGAAACACUUCAAUGAAACACUGACUGAUUUGGCAUUCUCUUUGUGACAUAUAUAUAAGGUGGUAUUCAUACAUAAAAGGUUUACAUUGGUUUCAGUUCAACGAUUCAAUUAAAUCAUAGCUUUAAAUAACAAUCGCAAAAACUGCACAGUUACAAACAAAACUCUUUGAAUUAUUGAAACUGACUUCUCAAAGGUGCCAUUCAGGCAGCACAAAUUGAAUGUCACUUUUGGCAAAAUGGCAUUAGGAUCAUGCUUUGUUUAACUAAUUGAAGAGCAAGUUAAUUUGCAAAUGUAGUAAAAUCAAUUAAAAUGCAGAUGAACUACUUUCCUUAAAACUUUCUGUAGUUGUGGCAAAAUUGGGACAAAUAAGUAACGAUAGCCAAAAUGUAAAUGGAAAUUUUAUGAAGUGAAUAAUCAAUAUAUCUACUUCUUUAUGUCUAACUAAACUCCACAUACUUUUAUUGUCAUUGUUAGCUCCUAAUUCUUCCACAUCAUUUAAUCUGAGAAUCUCAUGGAAAAUUGAUUAGGUUUCCUUUGCUAGUAAUUUCUGUAGGAAAGAGUUAACAAGCCGUUAUCUCAAAAGUCUUAUAAAGAAUGAUUAUAUUGUUUUAACGGACUUAAAACCCAUAAAGAUGUACUGUAUAUUACACCUUGACAAAUGAUGGAAAUGUUUUUAAAAAAGCAGAAUGGUUUACAAGUAAUUUCUGUAAUAGGGUUCCAGAUGUUGUUUGCUAUAUUGACCAUAAAUAGGAUAUCAUUAUUGACUUGAAUUAAUGGAUUUUCAAGUGAAGCUUCUGGUACUGUUGGUUGAAGCCUACAUUGAUGAAGAUAUUUUCGCACGGAGGACAUGUAUGAAUUGUUGAGUAACCUAUUAACAGAUCUCUCGGGACCAUUUCCAAAUGCUGUUAAUAAUGUUCAUUGUCAGGAUAUUUAAUGGUACAUUUUAAACUUAUAAUGAUGUGCAAUAGAUUCCCUAUGUUCAUGUACUUUUGUAUGUUUUGUUACGUAUAUGAUGACUUAGUUUCUGCAUGUUGUUAUUUUUUUACUUUAACUUUUCCAAAGAUAAAAAGUUGCCGUCAUCUGCCUUUUAUCUUCGUAAAUGUGGUUGGAAGGUUGUAGAUGAGCUGGUCUGAUCUGAUUGCUAUUUGGACGCAUUAGAGAGUUUUUGAUAUGGUAUAUUUUACUUCCGAAUUCAUUUGCUUCUCUCAUUUUUUAAAGACCUGUAAUGAACAUGUUCAUAAGAAUAUAACUUGUUUGAGAAGUUUAUUGGUUACAAUCUAAAACGAGUAAAAUAUGUCAAAUGUGUAAACGUUCAUAAUUUUCCUAUAAGCUUAUUUCAGUAGCCUAAUUAUUCUAUAUCAGUAAAAGAAAUCCUACAGUCUGCCAUAUAUUUUUAGAAACCGCCUGGUUACCCUAAAGAGGGAGACAUUUUAGUUUUUUUUAGGCCUCGAUUUUUUCAUAGUUUCCAGAUAUCUUUCUGUUAUUCUGUUCUGUAUUCCUAGAUGCUCAGAUAUGUAGAAGCUGUGAACCGAAACAAAGAUACACCAAUUUAAAUUAUAUUAUUAUCCAGUUUUCUGCCUUGUCCCCUAAACAGUGCAACUUGGAUUUAUUAUGAAAUUUGUAUUUUUGAAUUCCAAACUAUACCCAUGUGCAAUAGUUCGUUAUAGACACUGUGUUCAUUGUUCACUUGUUAUUGCUCUUGGACAGCAGCAGCUUUACAUGUCGAUCAUGUCAUUUGUUUACUUCUAGAUUAUUUUUGAAAUGUACACAAACAUUUUACCAUUAUGCACAUAAAUCAAAUGAAGAAAUUUAAAAUCACUUGGUCAGUCUUUUGCACGUAAUGGAAUUAUUAAAAAACGAUUUGGGUACCAUCUUUAGUGUUUACAUUUAUCAUAUUGUUAUGUUAUUGUAUUAUGAUUUACAUUCUUUUAUUGCUGUUAUCUUUUGUAUAUGUAUAUUUUUCUUAACACUGCAUUUACAUGUAAAUUGUUUCAAAUUCUAGUCAUAUUGUUUCCUGAACUACAAUGUAUGUUUUAAACUAGUCUCUUGUGUAACCUUUUUCAUAGAUUUAUAGUAUCAAAUAAAAAAGAGAACAGUUAA